AUGGCUCCUCCAACUGCUGUUGAAUCUUCAAUCAAUUUCGAAGGUCACCCAACUAUCAAAUCCACUCAAGACCCAUUGGUCCAAAAAUUGUCUCUUAAUACAGACACUGUAAUCAGACACAAUGCUCCACCUCCAACCUUGUAUGAAGAUGGUUUAUUAGAAAAAGGCACUACCAUUUCGUCCACUGGUGCUUUAAUGGCUUACUCUGGUAACAAAACCGGUAGAUCUCCAAAAGAUAAGAGAAUUGUUGACGAAUCCACCUCCUCCCACAACAUCUGGUGGGGUCCAGUGAAUAAACAAGUUGACGAAUUAACUUGGAAGAUUUCUAGAUCAAGAGCUUUAGAUUACUUGAGAACCAGAGAAAAGUUGUUUGUUGUUGACGCCUAUGCUGGUUGGGAUCCAAGAUACAGAAUCAAGGUCAGAAUUAUCUGUGCUAGAGCUUACCAUGCUUUGUUCAUGACCAAUAUGUUGAUCAGACCAACUGAAGAAGAAUUAAAGAACUUUGGCGAACCAGACUUCACCAUCUACAAUGCUGGUCAAUUCCCAGCAAACAUCCACACCAAAGGUAUGACUUCUGCCACUUCGGUUGAAAUCAACUUCAAGGAUAUGGAAAUGGUUAUCUUGGGUACCGAAUAUGCUGGUGAAAUGAAGAAAGGUAUCUUUACUGUUAUGUUCUACUUGAUGCCAAUCAAGCACAAGGUUUUGACUUUGCACUCCUCAUGUAACCAAGGGGUUGAAAAAGGUGACAUUACUUUGUUCUUUGGUCUUUCUGGUACUGGUAAGACUACUUUGUCUGCUGAUCCACACAGAAAGUUGAUUGGUGAUGACGAACAUUGCUGGUCCGACAAUGGUGUCUUCAACAUUGAAGGUGGUUGUUACGCCAAGUGUUUGGACUUGUCUGCUGAAAAGGAACCAGAAAUUUUCAACUCCAUCAAGUUUGGUGCUAUUUUGGAAAACGUUGUUUACGACCCAAUCACUAAAGUUGUUGACUACGAAGAUUCAUCAAUCACAGAAAACACCAGAUGUGCUUACCCAAUUGAUUUCAUUCCAUCUGCCAAGAUCCCAUGUUUGGCCGACACCCAUCCAACCAAUAUUAUCUUGUUAACUUGUGAUGCUUCCGGUGUGUUGCCACCAGUUUCCAAAUUGACUAACGCACAAGUUAUGUAUCAUUUCAUUUCUGGUUACACCUCCAAGAUGGCUGGUACUGAAGAAGGUGUUACUGAACCACAAGCUACUUUCUCCGCAUGUUUCGGUCAACCAUUCUUGGUAUUGCACCCAAUGAAAUAUGCUCAACAAUUGUCUGACAAGAUUUCCGAACACAAUGCUAACGCUUGGUUGUUGAACACCGGUUGGGUUGGUUCUUCUGUUGCUAGAGGCGGUAAGAGAUGUCCUUUGAAAUACACCAGAGCCAUCUUGGAUGCUAUACACUCUGGUGAAUUGUCCAAAGUCGAAUAUGAAAAAGUUCCAGUUUUCAACUUUAAUGUUCCAAAAUCUUGUCCUGGUGUUCCAAGUGAUAUUUUGAACCCAACCAAGGCUUGGACUCAAGGUGCUGAUUCAUUCGACAAAGAAAUCAAAUCUCUUGCUAGCAAGUUUGCUGAAAACUUCAAGACAUACGCUGAUCAAGCCACUGAAGAAGUUAAAGCUGCUGGUCCAGAAGCAUAA